AAACAUAGAAUAUUUGAAAAAUCUCAAAGUGGAAAUCAGAUAAAAAAACAAAAACAAAACUAAUGUUCCUGAAAGGGUUUUGCCUCUCUUGGUACAUGUAUGCUUCCUCAGCUACAGUGAAGCCAGUGAAAAGGGGAGACUGUGUGGAAUGAAGGAAAAGAGGAGGAGAUAAAAAAGGAGCAGAGAGAGACUGGCUGGGGGUAAAAAAACAACAGGAAACCAACCGAUUCUAAUGCUGUUUCUGCAAAUCCUUCAGAGAUAAAGCAGCCGCAUGCCACGUCCUGGCAAAGCAGCAGCCACACCAUGUCUUUUCUUUGCUCAUCAUCUGAAGUAACGACAAUUUAAAGGACUUAAUGUUCAAAAUGUGACGUCACUUCUGCUCUCAGCCUCCAACCGUGUGGUUAGUCAGAAUGUGAGCGGAUGCAGACUUUUGGGAGCUGAUUGCUGGGAUUUCUAUGUGGCUGGUUCUUUGACCUACAAACCCAACCUUUCUCAGGGUCAUAUGGAUCGAUCGCUGUGCUUCCAAGGAUCUGUUUGUUUUAAUUAUCUGGACUACUAACUGGAGCCACAUGAAGAACAAAGGGACUAAGCAGAAGACCAAAAAGAAAGGAAGUGAAAAUGCGUUCGGCUGUGACCUGAUAGAACAUCUCCAGAAUUCAGGACAAGAUGUUCCUCAGGUUCUGAAGAAAUGUGCAGAGUUUAUUGAGGAGCAUGGGAUUGUGGACGGGAUCUACAGACUGUCGGGGGUCACCUCAAAUAUCCAGCGUCUCAGGCAGGAAUUCAGCUCUGAGGCGUGCCCUGACCUUACAAAGGAAGUGUACCUCCAGGACAUCCACUGUGUGGGUUCCUUAUGUAAGCUGUACUUCAGGGAGCUACCCAAUCCUCUGCUCACAUAUGAGCUAUACAGCAAGUUCACUGAAGUGGUCUCGGUCCAGGGGAAUCAUGAGAGACUUUUACACAUUCAGAGUGUCAUCAAAGAACUGCCGACGCCUCACUUCAGGACUCUGGAGUACCUCACAAAGCACUUGGCCCACCUUGCCACCUUAAGCACCCAGACGAACAUGCAUACACGUAACCUGGCCCUGGUCUGGGCUCCAAAUCUAUUAAGAUCUAAAGACAUUGAGUCAUCAUCAGGUAAUGGAGACAUGGCUUUCCAGGAGGUGCGGAUACAACAGUCAGUGGUUGAGUUUAUUCUAAACCACACAGAGCAGAUCUUCAGCAACGAUUCUAAGCAAAUCAAACCCAAAGAAGGACCGAGUCUGAUGUGUGGGGAGAAGUAUGCCACGCUGCCGAUCAGUGGCCAGUGUGGGCCGAUGAAACUGAUGAGUCUGGAAGAAGCCCAGGCCCGCUCCUUAAGUCCAAACCAUCCUGUGCAUAGAGAACGUCAGCGGGAGAACAGCUUGCCUGAUACCAGCACCGCCACACUCUACCACACCGUCAUAGACGUAGAGAGCAAGAGGAAGUUUUCUGGGAAAUCGAAGAAGUGGAAGUCCAUCUUUAAUCUGGGACGGUCUGUGGACUCGAAGGGAAAACUGAGCCGGAACGGCAGUGUGUUCAUAAGAGGACCUGGGAUAACAGAAAAGGCAGCUCUUCGUCCUUCCAGGAGCAUGGAGUCCUUGUGCUCUUUACCAACAGAUGAUGACAGAACAGGAAACAACAGUCCAGCUGGUAGCAUUUUCGUUCCAGAUGUGAAAUCCAGAACGCUGGGAUCCGACUCGCUCUACGACCUGAGCGAACACGACCAAAACUGGGACUUUAAAGGGAACAAAGCUGAUGGGGCAACAGGUGGCUGGAGCUCUAGCAUGAACCAAAGGGGGUCACCAGGUGCCUCUGCACCCCCUCAAAAAACACUGCCAGAACAACUGAAGGUGUUCAAAGGUGAUGACCUCAGCGGCUACAAGCCCACCUCUCCAAAAAACAGGAGGAUGUUGUACUCAGGUUCCUCCAACAGCUCCUCUCGGCCCUCCUUCCCAGGAAGCUUCUUCCCGCUGGAGUCCUCACCAAGGCAUCAGCGCAGGGCUGUUAACAUAUCUGAGCCCUUUGCCGUGUCUGUACCUCUGCGAGUGUCAGCCGUUAUCAGCUCCAACAGCACGCCAUGCAGGGGGCACGCCAAGGACAAAGCAGCUACUCUGAAACCCUGCAAAGAGAGCUCAGAGCAGAGCAGCAACAGUGGAAAGAGCAACACUUUCCCCCAACUGGAACCCAAGAAGCAGGAAGGAACAGAGAAGAAAAACACAGAGGUGCCGACCUCUAGAGUCCCGCAAGAGGAUACAAGCAAAGAGGUGGUGCAAGAAGGUCAAGGAGGGAUGAAUAUUUCUGAGCUGGAACCACCGUCCCUUGCAAAUGCAAGAGAAGGCAAAGAUGCAGCGCCAUCUCCUGGGAAAGAACUGCCCAACCAGCCCACAGCUAUGCAACUGGAAAAGAGAUCUUCUACAGGGAAACAGAUGUGGUCAGACCUCCACCAAGAACUGAAGAUAACUGAACCUGAAAUUGACCUGCUGGAUGAGACUUUUAAACCUGUUUUUGACUCCAAGAGCACAUGUGAGGUCAGGAAGUUGACGAUGGACGUCAAGUCAAAACGAAGCCGCAGUUCUCCGUCUCUGUCUUUGUUAUUUAGGGAGCAGUCGUCAAAUACCUCUCUGAGUGAUCAUGUUAUCACCACUGGAUCAGACUCUGCAAAGAAACAGCCCUCAGAGUCAGACAUCUUGUUUUCACUUCACAAAAACACUGCUGACAUGGUGGAUGAGAAAGAGAAGAAGCUGCGUCUGAAAAUCACGCCUUUAAACAAAGGUGACCCAGCUUCCACCAACAAUUCCCAACGCCCUUUAAAGGAAACCUGUUUAGAUAAAGUUAUGGAUCCUUUGACGAUAGAGGAUAAUCCAACGGUUGAAGUCUUCUCAGGAGCAGAUGAUACCGACAAAAAAACAGAGAAACGUGAAAUUCCUCCAGGAGUCAAAAAUGUCUCCUGUGAAGGAGCAAAGAAUGUGAUUCCUGAGGUGGAAUUGAUUCAGAAGUUGUCAGUGUGUUUGGAGGAGAGACGUAACACCUUGGAGCUGCCACACCUUGACCACGAUGAAGGAUGUGGAGGACACUCAGAGGACCUGGACUUGGUGGAGCCUUGGGAGGAUCUUAGCUCCACCAAGCAGUGGGUAACCAGUCCUCUCCACUCACCUGACGUGGAGGAGCUGUUCAACCAACUGUCACCCUUCAGCUCUCGUGGGGAAAAUCCGAGCUUGGAGGAGGGAAAGAUUUCAUCUCCUUCAGUUGAUAAUAACAAACAGUCUCUCAUUAAGAGCACCGAACACCACUCAGGAAACAUUCCUCAGUCUACCAGCAGUAAACCAGAAACUAAAUGGAUGCCUUUGCCAUCAAUACCUACACGGGUCAGUGUGAACAGCAACAACACAACGCAACCUCACACAGGAAGAUGCAGCACAACAAAACAGAAGAAUACAGCAUCAUCUCAGAGGUUUUACCGACAGAUGUCUUAUGAGGCAGCUGCUUCGGAGAAAAGAGAGGAGAAUUAUUUUUCUAGAAACAGACCAUAUUCACUGAAUUUAGACCUGGGGCAACGGUGCAUCAGAGACAUUUCUAAUCAGCAGAACCGUAAUUCAUCAGAGUUUUCCUCUUGUCAGCGAGGGUUACUGACCUCAUCUGGAACUGGAAACAACGGACUGUCCUCAGAGCUGGAGUUGUUUCUGAGUGAUCGGCAGGCACCUCUACGCCGAAAUUCAGCCCCAGUCAGCGUGUCAUCGGUGCGAACAGCCUUCAUGAUAAAAACAUGCCAGGCCAAAGCUGUGCCCGUCGUCCCUCCGAAGGUGCAGUACAGUCAGAUACCUCACUCCAGACCCGAGAAUGAUUUCGACGCAGUGAAGGAACAGGAAAAGGAAUAUCCUAAAAUGAUCGCAGAGAAAAGCAACAGCGCACCUCCUCCGAUGAUGUCAGAUCUAAAGGAGGAGCUGGAGAAUAAAGAGCCUGGACCCGAACAUCAAAAACACCCGAAUGCUGAAAAAUGUGCCGAGUCUGUGAGGACCACAUCUACUCCAGAGCUGCCAGUCAUAACCAGGAGACAUGCGCCCAGUCUGGAAGUGUUUGUAGACUGUCCCAGGCCUAACAGAGGGAACAUCUUACAAAGACCCUCUUUUAGGAACAGGCAGAGACCUCAAAGUCUCAUCCUGCUCAGCCCUCCUUUCCCCAUCAUGGACUACCCGCCGUCAGGAGACGACAGUAAGCUCCUGUCAUCCAUCAAGAACCUGAAUGACACGUCAGCAGUGAACGUCUUUUCUAAAGAGAUGGCGGAGAAUUUCAGGACACCGGACGGGAUCGCUCUUCAAAACAAAAUGACUAUUCCAAAAAGUGGACAGAGACUGGAAACGUCAACCAGCUGCUUCUACCAGCCGCAGAGGAGAUCGAUGAUAUUUGACAGCAGGAGCCACAGGCAGAUUGAGUGACUGGAGGUACAGUCACUGACUCUGACUGCGUAUGUAAAUAGAUACAGUAUUCUCUUUUUUAAUAAAACCUUUAUGUAUUUGAGAAAGAGCUAAAGAAGCCAUGACGUAUGUGAAAGCCAUUUAAGCUUGACUGAGAUCCGGUCCUGCAACUAAUGAUUUUUAACAUUAUCCAUCAAUCUGCUGAUUAUUUUCUCGAUUAAUCGAUUAAUUGUUUGGUCUAUAAAAUAUCAGAAAAUAGUAAAAACCAAUAGACCGAUCUAUUAAUUGACUAAUCUUUCGACCCAGUCUCACGCCAAAGUGUGUAAUAGACCCACUGAUCCACUAGAGGAUAGCGUGCCAGUGUCACGUUUUACCUCACCAAGUAAAAGUACACACAUGCAUGAUGGUGCAGUAUAAGGAGUCCACGUAGGGAGGAGGUCAGGCUGGAUGGACAGGACUUUGACCCAACAGGCCAUUGUUCAAGUAUUGUGUGAAACCAAAAGUCAAUUCUGAUGUCUUUUAAGUUACGUACGUAGUAAGUUAAUUUACAUCAGGUACAUAACUUAACAUAUGAUCUUUUCCUGAGUCUAACCAAGUACUUUUGGUGCCUAAACGUAACCAAACUACAACCUCUGCAAGCUUUAUUCUGAAAGUGUAACUGGACAUUUAUUGCAUAUUUAUUAUUGCUAACCUGACGUGUUGAAAAUGUGACACUGCCACGGUGGACCAGUGCUUUGGCGUGAUACCUGGUUGAAAGUGUUUCAGCUCUACUGAGGUCAAUAAAGGAAACAGUUUUAAAAGUUAGUUUCAUACUCAUGUCAAGUUACAGUGUGUGAGAUGCAGUUGAAAUUUAAAAGGCUAGUAAGUGGACCUUACGUUUUUUUGUUGUUGUUGUUGUUAAUUCACAUGGAUUUGUUGUUUUAAUAUGAUCCCUUUUCAUCCUCUCUUUCUAAAAUAACUUUCUUCCAGGUUUCAUUGAAGCAAAAUAGUUUGUGAUGGUCACUGGGAAUUUGGACAAAAAUGUAACCAGAAAUGUAAUUUUAAAGAAACAAACACACCUAAUGUGUGUAAUGAUGAUGACAUAGUUGAAUUAUUUGAAUUUCCCAACUUUCAACAACCAGAAUCCAUACUGUGUCAGAUUACAACCUCUUCACAUAAAUAAUCAUGUCUGAACCGAACUUAUCCUCAAACAUUAAACUCUGAGUACAGGAAGUGCACAGUGAAGGUUACCAAAAAAUAAAAUGCUAAACUGAAGAACUGACAAUUGAUCUGUUAAACAGUUUAACAGCCAUAAUUUGAUCAUGUACAUGAAGACGUGUUUAUUUAUUCUUUUAUUAACAAACUUGAUACUUACUAAAAUAUACUGUAUGUAGCUAUCGGCUCUGUGAUAAGCUGAUGUCAAUGUGAUUUCUUUUUUAAACUAAUAUUUAAAAGGAAAAUCUCUUUUUUGAUUUAAAUAUAUCACAAACUUAAUAAAGAGUAUUUACCCACAGAAGGACUUUAAUUCAUAUGUAUCUUUAUUUUCUGUAAUUGCUUUGUGUUUUAUGGCAUUUGGGUUUCUGACAGUAAUGAGAACCUGCAUUGUAGUAAAGAGUAAAUCUCAUGUUAUAAAAAGUAAACUGGAGGUUGACUGUGUGCACACUGACUGUAUUCAGUGUGUUUGAGCUUUGAUGGUGCUUUGACGGUAUCUCCAAGUUUUUGUCUUAAUUUUACAAACACGGGAUCUGAUGUAUUUACCUUUUGUGCUACUUGUGGGUGAGCAGCCCCGAACAUUGUUCAGAUGUUUAAGGAGGUUACAGUGUAUUUUUUAAGGAUGCAGUUGUUAUUGAGGUGUGACACAGUGUUUCUAUAUACUGUAGUUUGGAUGGACUGGAUGAAUGACUACAGUGUUUUAUUCAAAGUGAGAUAUAUAUAUGUGGUUUUUUUUAAUGUGUUUUGUAACUUGUGUAUACUUGUUGAUACUGAAAAUUAUUCAUGUUCUCAUAGGAAAAACAACUGAAUGGAGAAUUUUGAGAUGAGAGUUUUGUCUUCAUUAUUAGAUGACGGCACCUUAAGUAAUGUACAUAAGAGACUUGAUGAGUUUUGAUACAACAGAACGUCAUGAGAAUAAAAAUGUCUGAAAAUCA